UUGGACCUCGCUCGUUUGAGAAGCCGGGCCACCCGCAAAAAUCUUUGAGUUUCAUGCGUUCGCGCGGCCUCACGUAUUCCGUAAGCAGGUUGCGUGAUUUCACGACGAAUUUAGAGAUCUGUUGCGGUCAAUCUAUUCAAGAUUUGGGUCCGGAAUGUAUUAGAGAGUGCAGGAAUAACAAUCCACACAACAAAUAGUAGUAGUAAUAUAUCAGAAAAAAUGGCACUACCCAGUAGAGCGCGAGUUUACACAGAUGUGAAUUCACACAAAUCCAGAGAUUAUUGGGACUAUGAAUCUUAUGUUGUUGAUUGGGGACAACAAGAUGAUUAUCAACUAGUAAGAAAAUUAGGCAGAGGAAAAUAUAGUGAAGUAUUUGAAGCCAUUAAUAUUACAAAUAAUGAAAAAUGUGUUGUAAAAAUUUUAAAGCCUGUAAAAAAGAAGAAAAUAAAAAGGGAGAUAAAAAUCUUAGAAAACCUCAAAGGUGGGACCAACAUAAUUACACUCCAAGCUGUUGUUAAAGAUCCUGUAUCAAGGACACCGGCACUGAUAUUUGAACAUGUGAACAACACAGAUUUCAAGCAAUUAUACCAGACGCUAACAGACUACGACAUAAGAUACUACCUCUACGAAUUAUUAAAAGCAUUGGAUUAUUGCCAUAGUAUGGGAAUAAUGCAUAGGGACGUCAAGCCGCACAAUGUUAUGAUAGAUCAUGAAAAUCGAAAGUUGCGGUUAAUCGACUGGGGUUUAGCAGAGUUUUAUCAUCCUGGUCAGGAAUAUAAUGUACGAGUAGCUUCACGAUAUUUUAAAGGUCCAGAACUACUUGUAGAUUAUCAGAUGUAUGAUUAUUCAUUAGAUAUGUGGUCUCUUGGAUGCAUGCUUGCAAGUAUGAUAUUCAGGAAAGAACCGUUUUUUCAUGGACAUGAUAAUUAUGACCAAUUAGUUAGAAUUGCAAAAGUUCUAGGGACUGAGGAACUAUUUGAAUAUCUUGAAAAGUACCAUAUUGAUUUGGAUCUUCGUUUCAAUGAUAUUCUAGGCCGACAUUCACGUAAACGCUGGGAGCGUUUUAUGCAUUCAGAAAAUCAACAUUUAGUGUCACACGAAAGUCUUGAUUUUCUUGACAAACUUUUGCGUUAUGAUCAUUAUGAAAGACUUACUGCACGUGAAGCUAUGGAACACCCCUAUUUUUAUCCAAUAGUAAAAGAUCAAGGUCGAUUAAAUAUGGUAUCAUCGUCACCUACUCCUAUAACAGGUUCGUUGCCUGUAGGUAUCGAUACUUCGCGCGAGGGACUUAAUCCCAUCCCUAAGCGUGACUGUGAGCAGCGUACCGGUUCGUGGAAUAAACUGACUGAAAAAUAUGGUGGGACAAGUUGGAAAUGGGAUUCAGAAAACGAUGAAGUAUUCGUCACAUCCGUUACAUCCUUAACAUAUGGUUUACGAUUUUUUGUUAGUUACGUAUUAAUUGAACCUUCCAUUCCACCUAAACUUGAAAAAUUGAGAGGAAGAAAACUAUUUUGUGCGAUGGUGGACCCCUUAUGUAAAUGGCAAUUAUAUUUUGACGUGGUAUAUAAAGUUCUACAUUUUAGACAUUCCUUGUUUUUCAUCCUGGGUAUUACAUAGAAGAAUUUGCGUUUGAUAUAUUGAGAACAAUCUACUAUAUGCGAUUGACAUCUUAAAUGGCAUAAACAAGGAGCAAACGAUGCGUGUCAGAGAUAACGAUUUUACUAUAUUGCAAAUUAUUUAGGAACGGAAGAAAGUUUAAGAUAUUAAAGUGAAAUCUAUCUAAACGAAGUACAUGCUCUAUCCAUAUUGGACGGAAUGCAUGUGCCAUUAUUAAUUGUAUGUUGCUUUUCUGUGUUUUUGUAAUCUAUCAUUUCUAUUGUGUUCCUUUAACGCUGCUGCUAAUGUCACGAUCACGGGAAAUCCGUAAAUGCAUAAAGAUGCGAUUCGAUCAUGUUAUGUCACUUUGAAGAUCGUCCGUUAUUACAUGAGACAUUAUAACGAAAAUGAUGCAAAAUGAAAACCACGUGUAUUUGCAUCCAUACAAGCGCGUACGACACACAUUUACACAUAGCACAUACGUGCUUACACUUAACAUGUACCUUAGGCCGCUCGGUUUAGUACUUUUAACGAUGAUAAAAAUGUUCGUUUAUAUCUGAUACAAUGAUAGUUGAAUAAAAUGUUUGUUAUAGCCAAGUACUCUUUGUGCUCUGUGAAUACCUGUAUAUCCAGUAAUAGAUGUUACCAAAAUACUGGUAAAGACAUCAUUGAUCAAACAAUUUAAAAACGCCAUUUCAAGAAAGCGUUUAAAAUUCUAGCCCUUGUUAAUUCUAUAUUUCUAUGGUUAUUUCUAGUUUCUAUUGAGUCAAAUCUAUUUCGUAUUAAACCGUAAAGAUUUUUAGUUUCAUUUUAAUUAAACAAAGCGAAAAUUCACAGGCACCUUAAACACUUGGCGCCAGCAGAAGCCUACGUACAUGAACAAAUACACAUCGAUAAAGAAAAAAAAAACAUUCGUAUUGCUGUACAUUAUAUGCUUGACGCGCUGAUCAAAAACUUAAUGUCGAUAAUACCCAUUAACUUGAUCAAAUUAUUUUAUAUACAGCAUUACCAAUGUGUUUCUUAUGAAUUGAACAUGUAAUUAUUUAUAUAUGACCGUAAGCCAGUUUAUUGUGUACAUUUGAAAAAAUUUUCUUCGUGAGAAAGAGGGUGAGAGAGAGAGGGAGAGAGAUGUACUUUUAAAGAAUGUAUAGGAAUAGAGCACACUCCACUUGUAAACCAUGUCCUUUCGUAUUAUUUCGAAAGAAUUCAUCAGUUCCUAUACGUAUAAAUUGCGCAUAAAGUACGCUCAAUUCAUUAUAUAUAUACACAUAUAUAUACACACACACACACACA